AUGAGCGGCGAAUAUACAGAUAAAGAAAAACUUGAUGUUAUGGACGAUACCAUUGAGGUACGCUCCAUGUGUAUAAAUUGUGAGAAGGAGGGACUAAACAAGAUUGUAAAAAUAAAUAUUCCUUAUUUUAAGAAUGUUCUAAUACAUUCAUUUGAAUGCGAGUUUUGUAAUUAUAAAAAUAAUGUCAUACAAGAUUUGAAUCAAAUAAAAGAUAAAGGGGUAAAAAUAAGUAUGAAAAUAAAUAACGAAGAAUUAUUGGAUAGGCAGUUGAUUAAAUCAGAAUAUGGUGUUUUAAAAAUACCUGAGAUAGAUUUUGAAAUACCAAAAGAAACGCAAAAAGGUUCCAUUAAUACUAUUGAAGGGUUUUUACAUACCGCUUUAAAUAACCUAACAAUAUAUUUGAAAGAAAUAAAAAAUAUGUAUAAUGAGGCAAACACAAUUACAGCAAAUGAAACAAAUGAAGCAAAUGAAAAAAAUGUAACAAAUGAAGCAAAUGAAGAAAAUGUAACAAAUGAAGCAAAUGAAACAAAUGAAGCAAAUGAAAAAAAUGUAACAAAUGAAGCAAAUGAAGAAAAUGUAACAAAUGAAGCAAAUGAAGCAAAUGAAACAAAUGAAGCAAAUAAAUCAAAUGUAACAAAUAAAUCAAAUGUAACAAAUAAAUCAAAUGUAACAAAUAAAUCAAAUGUAACAAAUAAAUCAAAUGAUUUUAAAUUAAAUUCAGCGGAGAAUCUUGAACAAAAGGAUAACAUAGUAUCAACAUUAGAUGAAGAAAAAAAUAAUAAUAAUGAUGAAAAUCAUAAUGAAAAUAAUUUAGGAGCUAAUACAAAUGGAACAUGUCAACAAAUUACUAUAGAAAAUUAUAUUAAAAUGAUUGAAAACACUGUUCAAAAUUUAAGCAAAUUUGUUAUAUUAAAGGAAUUCCCUUUUACUAUUCAAAUAAUAGAUCCCUCAGGAUUAAGUUCACUAGAACAUUAUGAAGAUGAUUUAAAAUAUAAGAUAGUUGAUAUUGAAUAUUAUAAUAGAACUAAAGAGGAAUUAAAUGAACUUGGUUUUUAUGAAGAAUAUUUUGAAGAAAAUGAAAAAACAAAUGAUAUUAAUUCAAAUAUGAUCGGAACAAAUACAAAUGAACAACAAAAUAUAAAAAAAGAAAAUUUCGAUUUUAUAAAAAAAUAUAUUCAUAUGAAUGAUAAUAAUAAUAAUACAAAUACUACCAUGAAAUAUAAAACCUUAAGUAAUGAAGAAGAAGCAAAAUUAAUUGAAUCAUUUGCUUCAAAUUGUCCAUGUUGUAAUCAUAUGGGUAUGAAUAAUUUUUGUGAAAUUAAUAUACCUGGAUUUAAGAAAUGUUUAAUACUUUCUUUUGUUUGUCCAAAUUGUAAUUUUAAAACAAGUGAAAUUAAAAGUAGUGGUGAAAUUAAUCCAAAGGGUAAAAAAAUUACCUUAACAGUUAAUAAUAAAAAUGAUUUGAAUAGAUUUGUAAUAAAAUCAGAAACAGCUUCUAUCAACAUUCCAGUAGUUGAACUAACAUCAGAUUAUGGUACUCUUGGUGGUACUUUAACUACGGUUGAAGGAUUAAUUAUGAAAAUUAUUGAAUCUUUGGAGGAAAAAUUUAAAUUCUUAUUAGGAGAUUCUAAUAUUAAUACUCAUCAAUAUGAAAAUGAAAAUACACCUAAUGCAGUUAAUAAUAAUGUAGAUACUACGAGUUCCAAAAUUAGGGAACUUAUUAGAAAAUUAUAUAAAUUGUGCAAAACUGAGGAAUUUUGUCCUUACGAUUUCAUAAUUGAUGACAUUGCAUCCAAUAGUUAUAUUUCUAGUGAUGUAGUAGGAGAGGAUCAAAAUUUAAACGAAGAAGAAUAUGAAAGGACCUAUGAACAAAAUGAUAUGCUAGGUAUUACAUCCAUGCAGACAGAGAAUUAUUAA